ACAGUACGUCGUGAAUUUGCAAUCCUUCCGUGUUAUUAGUACGUAGUUCGUGAAUUCAUAAUAAGUAAUAACACCGGUUAAAUUAAGCAAACUGUAAAGCGGUCCUACUUUACGUCAUUUAUUUGAAUUGUAGCAUAAUAAGAAUUUUCUCAAUUCAUUUUUAAGCUUGUUGGUGUGACGAAUUUUCGUAAAAUGUCGAACACUUCGAGCUUACCAGUUUCGCUGCUCAUAGCUAGCAAAUCUCAGGCAAUAGUUAGUGAACCUAAAAGAAAAACUCGCGAAGACUGGAGAAAAGCAAAAGAGCUAGACGAGGCCAGAAAAACAGGAUCUGCACCAGCUGCAGUAGAUGAAGAAGGCAAAGAUAUCAAUCCUCACAUUCCACAAUAUAUUUCAUCUGCUCCGUGGUAUUACAAUGUUGGACCAACACUAAAGCAUCAAAGAUCUCAAGAGAAUGAUAAACAAAAACUGUUGACCAAAGUUGGCGAACACUUUCAACAGGGUGUGAAUCCUGAUUCCUUAACAACCAAAUUCCGAAGAGGUGCAUGUGAAAACUGUGGAGCAGUGACUCAUCGAAAAAAGGAUUGUUUGGAAAGACCAAGAAAAAUAUUGGCAAAAUUCACUGGUGCUGAAAUAGCCCCAGAUGAGUUUAUCCAGCCUGAUCUUAAACUUGACUUUGAUGGGAAGCAUGACCGUUGGAAUGGUUAUGAUCCAACAGAACACUUGGGCAUUAUAGAAGAAUUUGAAAAAGUUGAAGACACUAAGAGACAACUCAAAGCUAAGAGGUUAAACACUGGAGACAAAGACGGAGGAGAAGAAGAAAUGGAUAUUGAUGAAGAUAAAUAUGUUGAUGAAAUUGACAUGCCAGGAACAAAAGUUGAUUCUAAGCAAAGAAUUACUGUCCGUAAUCUAAGGAUCCGUGAAGAUACCGCAAAAUAUUUACGAAAUCUGGAUUCUAAUUCAGCCUACUACGAUCCAAAAACUCGUUCAAUGAGAGAAAACCCCUACAAAGAUACUGGUAAAGAAGCUGAACAGGUUGCAUACGCUGGUGAAAAUAUCAUUCGCUUCAGUGGGGAUACUUCAAAACAUGCACAGGCUCAGUUGUUUGCAUGGGAAGCUCAACAUGCCGGUGUUGACGUACAUUUGUUGGCUGAACCCACCAAGGCUGAGAAACUUAAAGUCGAGUGUGUUGGCAAGAAAGAAGAAAUCAAAAGCUCCAUUCAAGAGAGUAUCUUAGAGCGUUACGGCGGUAAAGAACAUUUAAUGAUUCCACCUAAAGCCCUCCUUCUUGCUCAAACGGAACAGUACGUGGAAUACUCUCGAGCUGGGAAAAUUAUUAAAGGGGCUGUGAAACUAGUUGUAAGUUCCCGCUACGAAGAGGAUGUUUAUAUAAAUAACCAUCAAUCAGUCUGGGGCUCUUAUUGGGAAGAUGACCAAUGGGGUUUCCAGUGCUGCUGCUCUGUGAUGAAGAACUCGUAUUGCACUGGUUAAAGAAGCAAAAAUGGGAAAAGUGAAACUGUGAAUCGAGAUAACCCAGCAAACUUUAAAGCCGAUGGGAAACCGACUUGCAAUACCUUGAAAAUAUAAUAAACCUGUUAUUUCUAGAAGAUUCUCAUUAGUUUUAACACACCGCCCUCAAAUUGAUCGACGUGGACGUGAUACCAAUUCGCAAGACUUGUGUUUUGUUAACACAAGGAGUUUACACUGCGCCAGGUGCAUCUCAACUUCAACCAUUCGAACUCUUCGAGAGUUUAAGCAUACGAGCGCCAGUAUCAGUUUUCUAGUUAUUGGACUUCUUGCUCCUUGACAGCUUGGUAUUUUCCUGGUGACCAACUGAACAACUCUAGGGAACUAAGCUGUAGUUUUCUAAGAUGACAUGGAAUCGGGUCUGGUAGUCCUAGAGCGAAGAUCUAUAUGGCUUGGAAGCCAUCGUCCAUUCCGCCCCAAUUACAAAAACUCAUCCUUGCCGAUUUGAUGGUGCAUGGCGAAUAAUUUUAGCCAUUGACAGCAGACAGCAUGUUACUUCUUACACAUCAUUUUGUUCUUGACAGAAGGAAUUGAGUUUUCCAGAAAUCAUCGUUCGGCUUUAUUUAACGUGAAGCUAUUAAAGAAAACUCCAGACGAUGGAGAGUUCAAUCAAAACUCAUAAUAAGGAUUAAGGAGGAAGGAGAGAAAAGAAAACUUCUGUGUGACAAGAUGGAAAACAAAAUAGUGCUUGGAGGGUCGAGAAUCUGGAGAUAUCACUUCUGAACUUGACACUGAACAGCCUGGAAGCUGAAAUUCUCUAAAUUUAUUGCUCAUUGGCCAACAAGGCAACAUUUGAUGAUUCUGAUCUUGAUAAAUGGAAGAGAAUACUUGGUGCAAGAUCAUAAUUUGUUAACUUUUGAAGAGAAAGUGAGGAGAAAAUACUUCAAGGAUCUCAUUCCUCCAACAACUAUGGCAGAUUUUUUCCCGGUUUACUCUUGCCGCUUUUCGAUAUACUUUAUCAAUUGGUGGAAUAUGACGAGUGGUCGGCCGCGCUGAAAUUCAAGAUCGACAAAUUAUAUAAAUGUUUAUAAAUUACAAGUGCAUAUCUGGGCUCCCUUCUUCAGUGGCCCCGUUUCCCU